AUGUUUACAUUAUGGCCUGAAGGAAUAAAACACGAUAAUGUUCUUAUUUUUGUAUUUGAUGCUGCCCCAUAUAUGGUGAAAGCAGGAAGAUCUAUUUGCACUCUGUAUUCAAAGAUGGUGCACGUGACCUGUGUGGCGCAUGCAAUUCAUAGAGUUGUGGAAGAAAUAAGUUCAAACUUGCAAGAUGUCAAUAAACUUAUAAGUUGCUUAAAAAAAACAUUUUUAAAAUCACCAUAUCGUACACAAAUGUUUAAAACUCUUGCUCCAGGAAUUCGAUUGCAACCUGAACCCGUAAUCACUCAAUGGGGAACCUGUCUAAAUGCUGUAAAUUACUAUUGUGAGCAUUUUUCUUAUGUAAAAAAAGUUGUAAUUGAAUUAAACCGUGAUGAUUUGACUACUACAAAAAAAACCAAAGGAACUUAUGUCUAA